AUGGAUCACUCGAGAGAUCCCUGCCCCUGGGUCGCGCUCAGCGACUUUGGUGGUGCCUUCUGCAUGGGUGCUAUUGGUGGUGCUGUCUGGCACGGUGUCAAGGGUUUCCGGAACAGUCCCUACGGUGAGCGCCGGAUAGGUGCUCUUACUGCCAUCAAGGCUCGCGCUCCCGUCCUCGGUGGAAACUUCGGUGUUUGGGGUGGAAUGUUCUCGACCUUCGACUGUGCCAUCAAGGGCAUUCGCAAGAAGGAGGAUCCCUACAAUGCUAUUAUCGCCGGUUUCUUUACUGGUGGUGCUCUCGCUGUCCGUGGUGGUGUCAAGGCUGCCCGUAACUCCGCCAUCAUGUGUGCUGUCUUCCUUGCUGUCAUUGAGGGUGUUGGUAUCGGUUUUCAGCGUAUGAUGGCCGACAACACCAAGCUUGAGCUCCCUCCUCUUCCCCCCUCCGAGCAGAAGGCUCUCGCUUAA